UGUAGGAAGUGGAGGGACAGCUCUGGGGACCUGAGCCGUCUUGGACAGGGACAUCUGGCCAGGCACCAACUCCCGUAUUUGGUCCUCCAGCGGUGGCUGCGCUGGGCCCCAGCUCGGAACCGAAGGCGCCCGGUCCUCGCACCGGCAGCUCCGGCGUCAGGAGCAGGGGGCAGGGAGUCCACACCUGAGGCCGGGACAGCCAGGAGGGACCCGCGGGCCGCACAGCCGCCAGCCCCAAGCGAGGCCCACGCAUCUCCCGGCCGCCCCCGGACCCCGCGGCCGAGCCCGGGGCGGCGGGCGCGCUGGGGGAUGGGGAGCGCCUGCGCCUCGGCCGCCGCCUCCUCGCUGCGCCGCCUUUGAUGCGCUUUUUCCACCGUGCUCCGCGCGCUUUAAUCUUUUCCCUUCGCGCCCGCCCGGCGGCCGCUGCCGGUUUCCAGCUGCGUCUCAGGGGCCACGGGGUGCGGCGCCCCGCCUGCCAUCACUAAUAUCAGCAGUUUCAGUUUUCCUGUUUUCCACUCAGGGGAGACGGGGGCUCGGCCCCGCGCCCCGGACCCCCGCCGCCAGGAAGGGGAGGGGACCGGCAGGGGGCGGUGAGGCCGUGCCAGGGGCUGCCCACGUGCCUCCCCCUGACUGGUGGCUGUGGGGGUGGUAUAGGCCCAUCCUGAACCAGCCCCCAGCUGUGGGAUUCAGGAUGGGAGAGGGAUUGAGCCCACCCCGACUCUAGAUCCCCACCCUCAACCCCCAAACUGAACCCAACAAGAAACCCUUCCCAUCCCCCAUCCUCAGCAACUCAAGUGGGAAACCUGAGAAACCACAGGCAAGAGACAGAGACACGAACUCCCUGGGGAGGGGUCUGAGCUGGACAUGGGUGCACACACAGGGGUGCACACACACACAGAGGGGUCGGGCAGCUGGGCCCACUUAUCUCCCUGGCUUCUUUCCCUCCCCCACCUUCCCUCCCUCCUCAUCUCUGGUGCUCCACACCCUGUAACUCUUUUUUUUUUUUUUUUUUUUAAGAUUUAUUUAAUUGAAAGGCAGAGUUACAAAAGCAGAGGCAGAGAGAGAGACAGAGAGAGGUCUUCCAUCCUCUGAUUCACUCCCCAAUUGGCCACGAUGGCUGGAGCUGUGCCAAUCUGAAGCCAGAAGCCAGGAGCUUCUUCUGGGCCUCCCAUACAGGUGCAGGGGCCCAAGCACUUGGACCAUCUUCCACUUUGUCCCAGGCCAUAGCAGAGAGCUGGAUUGGAAGUGAAGCAGCCAGGAUUUGAACCGGUGCCCAUAUGGGAUGGCAGCACUGCAGGAGGUGGCUUUACCCACUACGCCACAGCCCCCGCCCCAGCCCUGUCACUCUUGUGGAGGUGGAGGAAGAAGGGGCGGGACCCGGGGCAGGUCCCCUUCCUCCAACCUGGGACGGUUUCCUUUCACCACCACUCCUGCCUGAGCCGCGGAGGAGAGCACGGUGGCGGCGGGCGCGGCCAGCGCUCUGGGCAUGCGGGUCCCCUGGGCACCCUGGUCGCUGCUCUGGGCCAUGCUACAGCUGAGCUGGUGGCCAGGAUGGCUCCUAGACGCCCAGGACAGGCCCUGGAGCCCCCUCACCUUCUCCCCAGCCCAGGCCACAGUGCCUGAGGGGGCCAACGUCACCUUCACCUGCAGCUUCUCCAACAUAUCCGAGCACUUCGUGCUCAACUGGUACCGCCUGAGCCCCAGCAACCAGAGGGACAAGCUGGCUGCCUUCCCCGAGGACCGCAGCCGGCAGCCACAGGACAGCCGCUUCCGCAUCACCCGGCUGCCGGACGGGAGCAGCUUCCACAUGAGCGGCAUCGGCGUCCGGCGCAACGACAGUGGCAUCUACCUCUGCGGGGCCAUCUCCCUGUACCCCCUGAUGCAGAUCAAGGAGAGCCCCCAGGUGGAGCUCACGGUGACAGGUGGGGCCUCAGGGACGGGGGAGGACCGUGCUGGGUGGGUGACCCCACCAGGUGUCCUCCAGGCCACUGUCGCACCCCAGCCCCUCCCCUGGAAGCAUCUCACCCACUUGACUUUGGGGGGCACAGAGCUAGAGGGGUCUGGGGAGCUCACUGUGGGAGCCCCUGAGCCCCUGACCCUGACCCCUGUCCUUUGUGCCCCUUCAGAAAGACUACUGGAGCCAUCCACAGCACAGCCCAGUCCCUCACCCAGGCCGCCAGGCCAGCUCCAAGGCCUGCUCAUUGGGGUCCCCAGUGUCCUGGUAGGCGUCCUGCUGCUGCUGCUGCUGGCCUGGGUUCUGGUGGCCAUGUGCCCCAGAACAACACAAGAGGCUGAAGGACCCAAAAGCCAGGACCAGCCCCUGGAGAAGCCUUUGGCCCUGCCAGGCUCCACCAUGGACUACGGGGAGCUGGACUUCCAGUGGCGAGAGAAGACCCCAGAGCCCCCAGCUACCUCUGUCCCUGAACAGACUGAAUAUGCCACCAUCGUCUUCCCCGACGGGCUGGGCACCUCAUCUCCUGGCCGCAGGGGCUCCACUGACUGCUUGCGGGGUCCACGGCCUCUGAGGUCUGAGGACGGACACUGCUCUUGGCCCCUCUGACCAGCUCCCUCCUUCACCAGCAUCCUGCUGAGAGCCCAGGGUCAGCUCCUGCCGCGAGAGGAGCAUGUGGGGCACAGGGCUCGGGGCUGCCAGAGCCGAGCUGCCCCGGGAGACUGCUCUGCACCUGUGCCAGGCCGCUCUGAGGCUCAGUGAGCCAGGGCAGCAGGCAGGCAGACGUCAGCUGGGAAAAGCCUGAGCCGGGCCCUCCUGUGCCACUGCUGCUGUGCUUGUCCAGGAGCCCCAGUGGCCGUGGUCCUUGUGGCAGGAUGCUGGCUGGACUCUGCCUUGUGGCAGUCUUGGAAUCACUCCCAGGGCAGGGACACAGGGCUGGGAAGCUCCGAGUAGACCAGGGAGCACCAGGCUGACCCCUACAGGAGUCCCUCCACCCCCACUCGGCCCUUUGUACAGCAGGGGAAUUGAGGCAACAGAGGAGACCCUGAGGGUCUGCAGCUGGCGGCCAUUCGCAACACACAUACGGAGGACCCCAGGGCCCCGCUGUCAGAGCCGGGCUUUGGACCGUCAUGGCUGUGCUGUAGAGUUCUGGGGGGGGGGGGCAGGAGGCUAAUGUUCCCCCCACCCCCAGCUUAUCCAGGGCGUCGAGCUCCCAUGGCAAUGGGUGAACUCAGGGCCUUUCAAGCAGCUGCCCCACAGCCUGGCCCAGACCACACCAGGCUCCUGUGCCAUCAGGGGCAGGGCGAUCAGAGUCCAGGCUCCCUGGCCAGUGGGAACCUUGGUGGGCAGGCCCAGGAGCCACUCUCUGGUUCUAUUACAUUAUUAUUAAAUAACAGAUGGCUACUA